GACAGUCCCAGUCUGCCCUAGGAAAGGCCUUCGUUUUCACUUCCUCUGUUCAGAAUGAAUCAAGAAGGCGUACUGGCUUGUUGCGCCGUUUGCAAUCAGCGUACCGUUAGGAGAUGUUCGCGUUGUCUCAGUAUUUACUAUUGUAACACGGACCAUCAACGCCAAGAUUGGAAAAGACACAAACCCGAGUGCGUGCCAAGAACACCAAAACAAGGUCCGAGAAACGAGAAAAUUGGCGGUGUUUCGACAUCUACGGCAGAAGCAGUGAGAAUAGGGGAGGUGAAAGACGACGCGCCUCACGGCGGGGCUAGCUGUGGGCCGCAGAGCGUUUCGACACCCGACGGAAGUGCAACAAGUGAUACAAGACGUUUGAAAAAUUCAAAGAAAAAAAACGCGAUUAAAGAAGUUAGUGUGAGUAAACAAAACGCUGUGAGUACCUCGGGGGUGAGCUCGGGUGCUGUUCCUAAGAAUCGGAGCGUGAUAUCUAGUGUUUUGUGUGCUAGCAAGGAUAAGGACAAAGUGAAUAGUGCCAUAACUUACGAAGGGUCGUCUGAGCAAGAGAUUCUAAGUGAAUCGGCGCAGCAACUUAGUGCUGUGGAGUUUUCGACAGCCAGUACAACAGUGAAGGCUCCUAAAUCAGAGCCAAAUAUGUUGGCGGUGGCCGGUUACUCCGGGGAACAAGCCCCUAUGAAGGAGUAUCCGGAAGGGACAGUGAGGAACAGUAGUGCGCCGUUUGGCCAGCCACAGAACAGUUUCUACAUGGACCCCAGUGACCAGUGGUACAACAUAUGCCAGCAAGUGAUUAGAGACAUGACACAGUUCGGUGUGUGUGUUUUGGACAAUUUCCUUGGACAAGAAAGGGGACAUUUAGUGAGAAAUGAAGUGUUAAAAAUGUAUAGAUCAGGUAUUUUUCAAGCAGGUGAGCUGGUAGCCAACCCUGGCAGCACGGACGCGCACACGGUCCGAAGCGAUCGGAUCACCUGGAUAGACGGCAAGGAGCCACAUUGCUUCUACAUCAAGCAGCUAAUCAACCAAGUGGACAACAUAAUCCUGAGGGCAAACAAGAUGCCUAACAACGGGAAGCUAGGAGACUACACGAUCAACGGCAGGACUAGGGCGAUGGUGGCGUGCUACCCCGGCUCCGGCACGCACUACGUCAAACACGUGGACAACCCCAACAAAGAUGGCCGCUGCAUCACCGCCAUAUACUACCUGAAUCUCAACUGGGACAAGGAGCGCUGCGGGGGCCUGCUCAGGGUGUUUCCCGAAGGUCUGGACGAGGUAGCUAACAUCAAGCCCCUGUUCGACCGAAUGGUUUUCUUCUGGUCGGAUCGGAGGAACCCUCACGAAGUUCAACCCGCCUAUGAAACUAGAUACGCCAUCACGCUUUGGUACUUCGAUGCCAAAGAGCGGGCUGAAGCUUUGAAGCGACAUCGCCAAAACCGCGAGGUGACUUCGAGUCAGUGAUAUUCGGAACCGCGCUCGUGCCGAGCGAGCCAGGGCUUCCGCCCUCCGGUGGCGUGUUUGACACUUCGCUGACCUGACCUAG